GGCGGGAAUGAGCGAUUAGUUUUGCCUGCGUUAAUGUUUUUGUGCUGACUGUAUCACACGCGGUGUUUAGGCUUAGUUUUGUUACUGACCAAAGCAGUCAACGGUGUUUGAGUUAGACGGGAAACAUGGCUGAAGAAAAGCCGUAUAAAGCAGAGUAUGCUAAGAGCGGACGGGCAUCUUGUAAAAAAUGUAAAGAGAAUAUUUCUAAGGAUAUUCUCAGGAUGGCUAUCAUGGUACAGUCUCCAAUGUUUGACGGCAAAAUUCCUCACUGGUAUCAUUACUCAUGCUUUUGGCAAAGAGCAAGGGUUUUAUCUACUGCAGAUAUUGAUGGCUUUCCUGACCUGAGAUGGGAAGACCAAGAAAAAAUUAAAAAGGCAGUUGACACUGGAGGAGACUCUGGAGCCUUUACCCUUACCCCUGGUGAUGACAUGAACACUAGCAUCACCAUGAGGAGGGCAGCAAGCUUUUGUCUGCACGACCAGAUUAGGAUUUCUAAGAAGAUGAUUGAUCCAGAAAAGCCUCAGUUGGGAAUGAUUGAUCGCUGGUAUCAUCCUGACUGUUUCGUCAGCCGCCGGGAUGAACUGGGAUUCAUGUCUAUGUACAGUGCAACUCAGAUCAAGGGCUUCCUCAUUCUAAAUGCAGAGGACAAAGAAUUCCUAAAGAAAAAGUUGCCUGUUACCCAAGGAGAAGGCAAGAGGAAAGGUGCGGAGGGCGUAGCAGUUGUUCCUGCAAAGAAGAAGAAAGAGAAAGAAAAGGAGGCCAAAGAAGAGCAGCAGCUGAAGUUGUUUUUAGAGCGAGGGUACCCUUUAGAAUUUAUAUUGAAAAUAAAAGAUGAAGUUCUGGACAAGAGGAAUGACAGAUUUUAUCCUAUUCUUGGUAAAGCUGAGAAGUCCAGUGAUAUUCUUGAAACUAUGAAUUCAGCUGGACUUGAGAAGUCUUUUCCAAAAGAAAGUAAUAAUUUUAAUAGUGCUUUUGUUAAUGAUUUUAGUGGAGAUGCUUUGAUUAUUCAGAAGGUGUGGAAGAAACCAGACACCAUUGAGCCUAUACCCAAGAGACCAGACAAAAUGCUUACACCACCGAAAGACUGUCCACACUGGAAUAAAGCAGUACCUGUUGUUGCCAUGGUGGUUGUGGCAGCCACGAGGAAGGAACUAGCAGAACAGGGUUCUUCUAUUUUGGACCGAGUUGCAGAUGGAAUGGCUUUUGGACGUCUGCUUCCUUGUGAAGACUGUGGUGGCCAGUACGUGUUCAAAACAGAUGCUUAUUACUGCACUGGAAAUCUUACAGCCUGGACAAAAUGUGUCAAUAAAACUCAGAAACCUAAGAGAGAAGACUGGACCAUACCUAAGGAGUUCCACGAAAUCUCCUUCUUAAAAAAGUUUAAAUUCAAGAAGCAAGAUAGGAUGUUUCCUCCAACAGCCGUUUCUCCUACUAGUCUUCCUGUUUCAUCCAGUGUGACAGCAUCCAUAUUUAGCUCUGCACCUACAGGUAGACCAAAGUCUUCUAUAAAGCUAAGUACCCUGUUGGGGAAACUUUUUCUUGCCUCAGACCGAUGUCAGAAAAAGUUAACGAUUGCUAAAGGAGGGGGAAGAUGUGGUUCCGUAAAUCACGACAGACUGUGUAUCAAGACUAAAAGGGAUGUUGAUAAAAUGAAUAAGAAAAUGGAAGAGGUCAAAACCGCUAAUGUUCGAGUAGUAUCUGAGGAUUUUCUUAAUGAUGCUAAAUCAUCUGGGAAACCCUUGCUGGAGCUGCUGUCAAUCCAUGGUUUGUCAUCUUGGGGUGCUGAAGUUAAAGAGGAGAAUAUUACUUGUGUCGAUGGAAAACUGAAUGGGUCCUCGGUUGUAACUAAAAGUACAGGAAAGAUCAAGGAAGAAGGAGGUUCCAGCAAAUCUGAAAAGAAGAUGAAGUUAACAGUCAAAGGAGGAGCAGCUAUUGACCCAGAAACAGGUCUUGAAAACUGUGCUCAUGUUUUGGAGCAGAAUGGCAAAAUAUUCAGUGCCACUCUGGGACUUGUGGAUAUUAGUAGAGGAACAAACUCGUAUUACAAACUGCAGCUGCUGGAAAGCGAUGAUAAGAGAAGGUACUGGGUUUUUAGAUCUUGGGGUCGUGUUGGUACCCAGAUCGGAGGCAACAAAUUAGAGUCUGCAUCUUCCAAAGAAUCAGCAAUUGAUCAGUUUUUGGAUCUUUAUGAAGAGAAAACUGGAAACUCCUGGCAUUCAAAAAAUUUCAAUAAAUAUCCAAACAAGUUCUACCCUAUUGAAAUUGACUAUGGACAGGAUGAUGAAGCGGUGAAGAAACUCGCGGUCAGUGCAGGCACGAACUCCAAGCUUCCAAAAGCUGUGCAGAAGCUCAUCAAAAUGAUUUUUGACAUUGAGAGCAUGAAGAAGGCUAUGGUGGAAUUUGAGAUAGAUCUCCAGAAGAUGCCUUUGGGGAAACUAAGCAAACGACAAAUACAGAGUGCGUACUCUAUUCUGACUGAGGUCCAGCAGGUCAUCUCGGAUGGUGGAACUGAGCCUCAAAUUCUGGAUCUGUCCAAUCGAUUCUAUACUUUGAUUCCACAUGAUUUUGGGAUGAAGAAGCCACCUCUCCUUGACAACCUAGAAUACAUUCAGACCAAGGUUGAAAUGCUUGAUAAUCUCCUAGAUAUUGAGGUCGCAUACAGUCUUCUUAAAGGUGGAGGAGAUGAUACUGCCAAAGAUCCCAUUGAUGUUAACUAUGAAAAACUCAAGACUGACAUUAAGGUUCUUGACAAAAGCACAGAAGAGGCAAAGAUCUUAUGCGACUAUGUAAAGAAUACACAUGCUGCCACGCAUAAUACGUAUGAACUGGAAGUUGUUGAUAUUUUCAAGAUAUGCCGUGAAGGUGAAUAUCAGCGGUAUAGACCAUUUAAAGAGCUUCACAACCGCAUGUUGCUGUGGCAUGGUUCCCGAGCUACAAAUUAUGCUGGUAUCCUGUCACAAGGUCUUCGAAUUGCUCCUCCUGAAGCUCCUGUGACCGGUUACAUGUUUGGGAAAGGUGUAUACUUUGCAGACAUGGUAUCCAAGAGCGCAAACUACUGUCACACAUCUCAAGCAGACCCACAUGGUUUAAUUUUACUGGGAGAAGUUGCUCUUGGAAAUAUGUAUGAGCUAAAGAGAGCAUCACACAUUACAAAGUUACCAAAGGGCAAACACAGUGUGAAAGGCUUGGGUAGAACAGUUCCAGAUCCCAAUAUCACAAGUGAGUUAGAUGGUGUACAUGUGCCUUUAGGGCUUGGAGUUCCAUCAGGAAUUAAUGAUACCAGUCUACUCUACAACGAGUAUAUUGUUUAUGAUGUUGCUCAGGUGAACCUGAAAUAUUUAUUAAAACUUAAGUUUAAUUAUAAGACCUCUCUCUGGUGAACUGCUCAAAAGAAUCUGAAGCUCCCAAAUCAUUGUGCACCUGAAGCUGAGCAUGUUAAUUGUCCGUCAUGAAUGGGAACUUGUUUGUUCACAAGCUGAAAUUAUAUAACAUUACAGAGUACAGUAUGUCAGGUGUAUCUGAAUGUAUACUGUAAUAUACUUAAGAUUUCUGCAUACAGUUGUAAUUUUUUAAUUUCAGUUAUGUUCUGUUUAUAAGGUGAAAGAACCUGCUGAACACUUACAUCAUCCUUAUUUUUAACUGACUCACUGUUACAGUUUUAAUAUUCAGACUAAACUGUAAAAAAAGUAAGCUUAAAUUGUGUAUAGAUAAUAUUGCUAACUAGUUAAUUUUGUUUAUAAAAAAAUGGUUGAUGCUUUUUCAUACUCAAAAAAAAUAAAUAAAUAAAAGCUAAGACCUUAA